AUGGAUGAGUUCAGCAGAGAUCCCUGUCCGUUUCGUAUCGUCAGUGAUUGUGGAGCUGCAUUUGCUAUGGGUACUAUCGGUGGUAGUGUUUUACAUUUUUACAGAGGUUAUCGUAACGCCCCUUCGGGCUAUACAAAAAAACUAGUAAGCGCAAUGGUUAACAGUCGUCAACGUGCACCAAUCACGGGUGGGGGGUUCGCUAUAUGGGGUGGAGUGUUUACAGCUGUCGAUUGCUCUUUAGUUCUUGCUCGUCAGAAAGAGGAUCCGUGGAAUUCGAUCACUAGUGGAGCUAUAACCGGAGCCGCUCUGGCUGUUCGUCAUGGUCCAACAGCUAUGGUCGGUCAAGCAUUUGUUGGUGGUGUUAUAUUGGCAAUUAUCGAGGGGCUUGGAAUCAUGAUAAAUAGAUUCGCUCCUAUGCUAAUGCAAGCUCCGCCAGACGCUGUACCAAAUCCACAAAACGAUCAGUCAUCAAGUCCAGGAAGCUCGUCUGGUAGUGGUGGGAGUGGGUUUUACGACUUUUUUGGUUCCACACAUUCAUCUUCAGAGGGAACUGCUGCAGAAUCUGCUAGUACAGUAUCACCGAAAUCUGGAUUUAUAUUUCAAUAG